UGCUAGAGUGAAAGCGAAACCAAGCGCAGCAGCCGGGCUGCCUUCCGCCGGGGUUCCAGGGCUUGGAGCAGGCCGGGGAGUCCGCGGCGCUGAGGGGCAGGAUGGCCGGGGGGCUGCGGCUGCUGCGCGGGGCCCUGGGUGUCCGGGGGGACCCACAUCUCGGCGGGGCCGUGGCGCUGUGCGGGGCGCUGCUGCUCUGCGGGGCUCUGCCGGCCCUGGCGGCGGGACCAGCGCAGGCUCCCACACCAGCGCCUCCAUUUCGCAGGGUGGAUAUCGCCCUGGGCUGCUCCUACCUGGGGGAAGAUGUGGGGGGCUCGCCCCGUGCCUCCGGGGGCUCAUCCUCCAAGCAUCCUGCCACCCUCGUGCUGAGGAGUGUCAGCGUCAGAGAUGACGGGAACUUGGAUGAUGUGACGGAGUACAAAGCCCCACAGAAAAAACCUGACUCUUCUUCUCCCCUUGUCUUUGAAGCCUCAGCCCAGUCAGUAUCCAUCCCACAUGCAGAGUCCCUGCUGCACACAGACUGUGAUGGGGAGGAGGUGAACUGCGAGAUCUCCCCAUACAGCCCCCAGCAGGCUGGCGAGGGGCCCUGCCAAACCUCCUGGUUCAUCGCAAACCUGCGGCUCUCCAGCGGGAUCAGUGUUGCCCUCAUGCUCAAAGGACCACAUCCACAUUGCAGCAGCCAGGAAGAGGAGCACCAUGCAACACUGCACCCAAAGCUGAGGAUUCCUAUGAGCAAGGAGGGGACAUUGCUGACCACAGUUGAGUUUCAGUCGUCGUCACGCAACACUUCCCUGCGCGCACGUCUUGGCAGCUCAGUCACCCUUGACUGCCACUUUGCCUUGGCUCCCAGCUCCACAUUGUCCUCCCUGGAGUGGAGGAGGCAGCACCGAGGAAGCGGCCGUAGACUUUUCUGGUAUGAAGUGGAGAGCAUAGGCUCAGCAACACAGCCAAAAGUCCAUGUGGAUGUGGCAGAGCUGCUGGGGAGUGGAAAUGCAUCGCUUAGCCUGCAAGAAGUGAGCGUGGGAGAUGAAGGGACGUACAUCUGUUUGGUGUCCACCCCACUGCAUAAGGUCCAGCACAACAUCCAUCUUCAAGUGGCCGAGCCUCCAAGAGUUCGUUUGAUUCCAGAAGUGGUGUCAUUUGAGAGAGGUGUGACUACUACUCUGACCUGCAACAUUGCUGGCUAUUACCCCCUGGACGUCUCGGUGAGCUGGACACAGAAGUCUCCUAAGAAAGCAAAAAUCCGUCUCUCAAACUCACGUUUCUCCAGCCACCGACAAAACCGGGAUGGCACCUACAGCAUCACCUCCUACCUCAGCAUCAGCUCAGCCACAGCACAGGCACCAGCCACCUACAGCUGCCGUGUUUCACACAUGGCCCUGGAAAAGCCCAUCUCUGUGAGUGCCCAUCUUAAGGCACCAGAGCAAACGGGAUCAGAAGGACUGCUGGGGAGUUUCAUCGCUACCAUCAUUUUCAUUGUUGUCCUCUUCAUUGUGUUCGGGAGAAGAGCAGCUAAACCAGAGUCUGAGCAACUUUCAAGGGCUUCAGAAUAGAGGAAACCCUUAUGUCACUCACCUGCAGUCCUUUGUUUCCCAUCCCUUGACAAGUCCUGCUCCGGAGAGCCAACCCUGUCCAAAUAUUAACAGAACUAUUGGUCAGUAUGGGAGGGGUAGGGCUGCCCUUGAUGAAGGAGGUGAGUGACUGAUCAGAGGUAGACUCACAGGAAGACAUGUCUUCAUCUUGGGAGGGCAACAUCCAUCACCUCAGCUCUUUGCUGGGAUGCUGAAUUACAGGUAACCCACAUACCUUUUUAGAAAUGCCUCUUCUCUGGUUUCAGGGAAAAUUAAAUUGUAUGUAGAUGAGUAUUUGUGUGACUGUGUAUAUGUAUGUGUGUAUACAGAUAUAUGUAUGUGUACGUGUUGUAAAUAGGUAUGCAACAUUUACAUAUGUAUGUAAAUAUGUAUCUGUAGCUGUAUAUGGAUACAUUUGGUUAAUGCCUAUGAGGCAAGUGUUUAAGAUAUUUAUGUGGUGUGUGUAUGUGUUUUACCUGUGAUGUUGGGCAAAUAUGUAGGCAAAAUUGGGACUUCAAAAUGGUAAAUCCUCAAACAAGGGAAGUUAUGGGUUAAACUGAUCACAAAUCAAACAAGCAGAAAAAUAUGACUCUCCAGGAGAAAGUUACAAUAAUAUUUUUAAUAGAAAUUUCACUUCUAGAAGCUUACAAGAUGGAGAAAAUCUGCAGUUCUGUAGCUGCAAAAAAGAUGGGCUUGAUUAAAUGCUUUUCCUGCCUAACAGGGAAUUUGAAAGUAACAUAUAGAAAUUUUGUAUAUAACCAGCAAGGGGAAAAAACGCAGAAGGAAGGUGUGGAUGGAAAGGAGGUAUAUGGCACAUAAUAAAAGUGAGAAUUUAUGAAGCAUACAAGGUGAUAAGGAGUGUUCAAAAUAAUCUGGAAAAACUGGAUUGCUGCAAGUGCUAAUGGCACUUGGAAGGUAUUUUUUCAAAAUACGUUGAAAACCAAUAAAUUCUAGCAAUGGCUUAGGCUCUUACUGUGUGGAUAUAGGUCAAACAGUUGACAGAGAUUAUUUUUCAUGGAAGCUUUCUUAUACAGAAAAGAUGGUUGGUUGUAAAUGAAAAGAAACAGCAUUGUGUAUUCGUACUACGUGAGGAUGGUAAGCGACUUUCUAUUUGUGAACUAAGGAGGGUUUUAACAGCAUCUGUUAAGUGUAUUUUUGGAUCAGUAGCCAAGAAAAUUUGCAUCUCAGAAUCAUAAAAGAUUUGACUGAGGAGACACCUGGCCCAAUAGAGUUAGGUUUUUAAAAAUUCUGGCAUAUUAGAGAAAUAGCAAGAUCUUGGAAAAGUGUGUUGUGCCUGUGUUCACAGAGAGAAAGUGAGAUGACAUCAACGACUGUUAGAUGGUUGUGUAGUAACAGUAAUAGGUACAAGAGUGUGAAGUUACUACAAACCAGCUAACAAAGGCUCCAACAAUGAAAAUAACAUCAAUAAUUUAGUAUGUUUAAAAAAAAAUGUGAAAAACAAACUUGAUGUCAUUAUUCGAUGAAAUAAUACAUUUGGUUGAUAAAAACACUGGUACAGAUUUAACAAACCAGUAAAUUUGUAAAUUCUGAACAAAAAAAUAAUAGUGCAUGUAUGCAUCAUAAUUUGCAUUAUAGGGAUUAAUUAUGAGCAAACAGAUGAAUGGCAAAAAUGCGUUGUCCAUAAAAGAAACAGCAAUCAGUGCUGAAAACAUGUGCCUCUCUGCAAGAACUGUGCUGCUUAAUAUUUGCAUCAGGAAAUACAAUUGUAAAAAAAUAUUUUUGAUAAAAUUUCCAAAUGGCAAGAUCAGUAGCUAAAGUGGAGGGAGUCUUCCAGAUCAACAUAAGUCACCUGGCCAGCUGAACAUGCUGAAACAAGAUAAGAUGCUCAGUAAUGCCAGUGGAGUCUCCUCAGGCACAGGACCACCACGCUGUGUCAAUGCUGUUGAUCUAUGAAUCCCUAUCAGUUUCCUGACUUGCGAGUGACUACGGACAGAAUGUAACUGCUGGUGGAAGCAGUUUUUGCUUGUAUCAAUUCCUCUUAAUUUUUGAUGCGUCACCAAUAAAUGAGUAUUUUUAGUUCCAA